CACAUGCACGCUAAAGUUUAUUAUAUAACCAUAACCCCAUUCACUUCUCGCAUCGUUGCAUCAGAAACGAUUUCUUAGCUAUUUCAUAUAAACUGAACUGUACAUAAUUGUACAAGAAAAGUCAGACGAUAUAAGGACGCUAUGGAAAGGUUAAAAAUGCGUUUAAAGUCCGCUUGGAAGGGGAUUUCCAUGGCCACGUAUUUUCUAGUGAUGAUGUUUGGCAUCGGAGCUUGGAUAGCUGUCAAUGGUCUCUGGGUUGAACUGCCGAUAAUCGUCCAAGAAAUACCCGAAAGCUGGUCUUUGCCGUCUUAUCUAACUGUGAUUAUCCAACUGGCGAACAUUGGCCCGCUUGCUUUCACGCUUGGGAACAAGUUUCUGCCACGAUUUGUGAAAGAAAUACCGGUUACGUAUGCCCUCGUGGUUAUUGGUGUUCUUGCCAGUGCAUUACUUGCUCAUUUCUGGAAAGAAACCAUCUAUAUCGCCGGUGCCGAUCGCAGCGCGGCGCUUCUUAUCCUUGCUUUCUUCCUAUCGAUGGUGGAUUGCACAUCUUCCGUGGCAUUCAUCCCCUACAUGUCCAGAUUUCCUAUGGUGUACCUUAGUCCAUAUUUUCUCGGGGAAGGGCUCAGUGGCCUUUUACCCAGUUUAGUAGCGUUAGCACAGGGCGUAGGAGAGGGUGCUUCGAAUGAGAGAUGUGUCGCCCAGCCGGUGUAUAACUCCUCGUCAAACUCAACCUCUGGUAGCUGGGGCCCUGGACCAAGGUUUACCCCAAAAGUCUUUUUCUGGUUCUUGAGUGCUAUGAUGGCUUGUUGUGGUUUAGCUUUCCUGGCUUUGAAUACUCUUCAAGUGACCAAGAAGCAGCAAGUGAAGGAACGGGAAUAUGAUGUGACUACAAGCGACAUGCAUGAACUCCAAGAGAUAUCCAAAACCGAAGCACAAUCAACAUCUGAUAUACAAGUCACAGACAACAUUUUAACCACUCGUCAAAAUGUAUUCCUACUUGUUAUCCUGGCAAUCGUUAAUGGUCUUAGUAAUGGUAUUAUUCCAGCCAUACAGUCCUACGCUUGUAUACCAUAUAGCUACUACAUCUACCACCUAACACUGACAUUGUCGAACAUUGCUAACCCCAUAACCUGUUUGAUGUUCCCUCUUCUGCGUGUGAAGUCCAUCCCUGUGAUUACUUUCCUCUGUGGUGUGUACUGCGUGAUGUGCACUUAUAUCAUCAUAAUUGCAUCACAGAGUCCUGACGUCUUGCUAAGGUGUGGUGAUACAGGAGCUGCUCUGAUAGUAGUUAUCAGUGUGUCAUCCGUUGCCAUGGUAACCUACUGUAAGGUGGCUAUCAGUUCACUGAUGCGCAAUCAGGGUCGCAAGAAGUUGCUUUGGUUUGGUAUUAGCACUCAACUGGGUUCCUGCAUCGGGGCACUGUCCAUCUUUGCUCCUGUAAAUGUCUAUUACAUGUUUAAGCAAUAUUAAUAGAAGGUAGCCUACGUGUAGCCACUGACUCGCGAAAUCCUCUCCUCUCGAGAGGAUCUCGCGAGUCAGCGGCUACACGUAGGCUAAUAGAAGGGUUCAUUGUUGUUUUUUGGGGGAGACAUCUGUCCUUUCUAAAAAGUCAAUUAAAAUACAGGCGCAAAUACAGUAUUUAGUAUAAAGGACGCAUUCCUAAAUAUCAUAUGCCAAGAGUCUAGGAUUUGGCUAUUCUUGAAAGCUAAAAGGGAUUGUCCCCUGCAUCCCCCCCCCUAGGAAGGCACUUGAAAUAGUCAAAUCAAUAAAAUAUUCUCUUCACAUAACUGGGAGGUAAAUGUAGGCCUUUCACGUUUUUUUAAAUUGGAAACUAUAGUGCUUAAAAAGUAGUUCCUUACAGUCACCUCUUAGAUUAAUAUUCUUUUAGCCUUCUUGUAGAAACCUGUUUUUUUUUUUAGUCCAACUCAAUCACUGCAAUAAUUGAUCAUUUGCCUUGUGGUUUAUAUGUAUGGGUAGGUGGGGGGUCAAUUUUGACAAAAUGCAUGCAUUGCAAUUAUAAAAAUUUUUAUAUGUAAGGUUAAUAGUGUAAAUGUGUAGGUUAAUUGUGCUUACUAUAAAUAACUGUAUUUAAAUUAUUUUCUUAAAGACUUUAAAAGUAUGUGUAUUAUUUAUAGGGGGUAUUAAUAGCACUUAGGGCUAAUUUAGCUUUGUCUUAUUUAUCAAUAUGGCAUGUUACUCUAUUUACAUCACUACCCAGCUACCCCAGAUGGAGUCUCAACUGCCAAACUGUAGAUGCUCAUCUGUCCAUCAAAUGCUUUAAAUUGCAGGCGGGUAUAUUUAAACUUAUCAAACAGGCUUAGUUUGACACCUAUCUUUUUCUAUGAACUGUGGUGCACACACUGUUGUGCGCACAAAUAGAGCAUCCACAUCCAUUCUCUUGAUAACUUAAGUCAUUUUGAAUUGAAAAACCUUUUUUCUAGUGAAUAUUUCUAAAUGAUCGUGCUAUAUUUUGGCAACUUUUUUGAGCAUGUGUGUAUUGCAUCAAAACUUUGGAUUGACAGUUUGGGUGGUUGCAUAGCCAUGAUAACUAUGGUAAUGCAUCAAACUGAAAUUAAUUGUCAAAGUAAAUAAUGAUUUUAAUUUGUGUUAUUUAUAUCUUCUUCUCCUAUAAAAGUAGUGGAUUUGGACCAAUGGAAUUUUCUUAUUGUUGUUCAUAUCUUGCUAAGUAAUAAACAUACACAAAUUUUGUUAUUCCUUAUUGCCUUACCUUAUUUCAUGGCAUGCCUCUUUGGUAAUAAACAUUAUUUAACAUGAAAGUAGUUUUGGAUUUUGGUUUUAUGGUAAGUCAGAUUAGAUUAUGGUAAAUCAGAUUGACAUACAGUAUCUCCAGAUCAACUAAUGCUUUGUAGGGUAUUUAGUGAAAAAAUGUCAUUAGAGAAUUCCUACAUAAAGACAUGUUUUCUUGACAAUAAAUAUAGUAUUUAAAUCUG